CUUACCCACCACCUGUUCGACAAAAUGCCAAGCCGAACUAGGAAAUCCUAUAAGUCCAGUUUUUUCUUCUCAAAUUAAUGUCAUAUUAAUAGCAGGGAAUUUCUGAAAUGGAUGUGGGUCAUUGUUAUCUGGAUGGAAACCCUGACGCGGUUGAGUUCUGUCCACACGAUUCUUUUAAGAAUGUCCUUGCGGUUUCAACAUACACACUUCAAGAGGGUGAUCAGCCGAGUCGGUUGGGGAGUUUAUCGUUAUUUAAUGUAGAUGCUUGCGCGGGUCUUCUCGAGCUGUCGCAUCGAGUGGAAACUGCUGGUAUAUUUGAUAUCAAAUGGGCGCCAGUUGGACAAGUCAGUGAUGAAUACCUACCUUUGCUGGCUCAAGCUGAUGCCAAUGGAUAUCUUAGGGUUCAUAAGCUUGAAAGCUCCUCCUAUGGAUCAUCAGCAACUUCUGAGGCUUCUUUGCGAGAGUUAGCAGACGAACAAGUUAGUUCGACCUCAAUGUGCCUAUGCCUGGACUGGAAUCCAUCUUCCAAUUCCAUCUCGGUUGGGCUUUCAGAUGGCUCAUUGUCAAUAGUCUCAUUUACAGAGUCCAUGCUAGAAAUUCAGGAAAUGUGGAAAGCACAUGACUUUGAGGUUUGGGCUGCUUCAUUCGAUAUACAUCAACCACAGCUGGUCUAUACCGGCUCAGAUGACUGCAAGUUCAGUUGUUGGGAUCUGAGAGCUGGACCUUCCCAACCAGCAUUCCAAAAUUCAAAGAUCCACAAGAUGGGCGUUUGUUGCAUAACAAAGAACAACCCGAGUGACCCUAACACUCUACUUACUGGAAGCUACGAUGAACAUUUAAGGAUUUGGGAUGUAAGGUCAAUCUCAAAGCCUGUGAAUGAAACAUCUGUUUGUUUAGGCGGGGGUGUUUGGAGACUCAAGCAUAAUCCAUUGGAACCGAGUUAUGUCUUGGCAGCUUGUAUGCACAAUGGAUUUGGUUUGGUUAGGAUUGAUAAUGGAGGGGAAAAGAUAGAUGUUGUUGAGACUUAUGGUAAGCAUGAAUCACUUGCUUAUGGAGCUGAUUGGCAAAGAGGGGAAUUGAUUGUUGAUGGGAAACGGAAGAAUAAUGCGGUGGCUACUUGUUCGUUUUAUGAUCGGCUUCUUCGAGUUUGGAUUCCUGAAUGUCAAAUGUUUCUUUGAUUUCUUAGCUUUUCUUGUUAAGAUUAUUGUUAAUGUGUGGAAUUUGAUUAAAUUUUGUCAUUUAUAUUUUUUGUGACUGAUUUGAUAAGUUGGUAUUUGUGGAAUCAGUUUUAUUUAACUUAUUUGAAAGAUGUUAUGCUUUCACUUUUCAA